AUGUGCAUCCUCCGGAUUCUCCGCAUGGAUUCCUUAACAGCUGCUGCAAGCAGCUACGUGGCUUCGGAACUAGGAGUUCGUUUUCUGGACCCGCCGCCAUUCGACUUGACCCAGUGCUAUAAAGAUUCCACCUCGCAGACACCGUUAAUUUUUAUUCUGUCACAAGGCUCCGAUCCCGUUUCUGAGCUCCAUACCUUCGCAAAGGAGAUGAAGAUGAGCAGACGGUUGUGGUUAACGUCUAUGCCAUCGUCAUCCUUCCCAGUUUCCGUCCUACAGAACGGAGUGAAAAUGACGAAUGAGCCCCCUAAAGGGCUCAAGGCAAACUUGCAGAGACUCUACGCUGGCAUUGAUAACCGGCAACUCAACGCAACGCAGCAUCCUUCUCACUUCAAAAGACUCUUUUUCGCAUUUUGCUUCUUUCAUGCUGUAGUGCAGGAACGCCGGCGUUUCGGGCCAAUUGGAUGGAAUAUUCACUACGAAUUUACUCAAGAUGAUCUUGUCGUGUGCCAAAGGCAACUAAAAAUUUUCCUUGAUGCAAGUGACACAAUCCCUUUCAAGGUUCUUCGUUUUCUGGGGGCUCGCAUAAACUAUGGUGGGCGUGUCACUGAUGCGAACGACAAGCGGCUCAUUGACUUCAUUCUUCAUACGUACAUAAACGAAAAACUCAUUCAAGAGGGUGCAGCUUAUAAAUUUUCAAAGUCGGGAAUUUACUACUGCCCUGAUGAAGAAGACGUCGAAGGCUUUCAGAAAUAUAUUACAUCAUUACCCGCAAAUGCCCAGCCUGAAGUAUUUGGCCUACAUGAGAAUGCGAACAUCAACUGCGCCCAAAUGGAGGGGAAGGAGCUGCUCGACGGCAUAUUAUCCAUGACACCACGAAGCAGUUCGGCUGGUUCGGCGUGCCGUGAGUCUGCCAUUUCCGAACUUGCCGCUCAUGUGCAAACUCUUCUGCCAGAUUUAUUCGACAUAGAAGCUAUUCAACAUAAGUAUCCUACUCGCUACGACGAAUCCAUGAAUACAGUGGUGGUGCAAGAGGCCAUAAGAUACAAUGGGUUGAUAGCAAUCAUGAAUAAGACGAUGAAGGACCUACAGCUUGCACUAAGGGGCAGAAUAGUGAUGACGGAGGAAUUGGAGAAGGUGUCAGCCGCUCUCUUCGAUAACCAGGUACUGAGAUGGCGCUCCACUCUUUCUCAUCUCAGUCAUUGCCUACUCGAAAAGGAGCGGGGUUGUGUUAAGACAGCACUUAACUUCACUGCUACUGCGAAGCAAUAG